CAAACAAYUUUUUGGCAGAAAUUGGUAACAAAAUUGUAAAUAAACAAAUUCAUGGGAAUAUAAACAUUAACGAUUUCGGACUAAAUUAACCGACAACAAAACAGAAAGCAGUAGAAUCCACGCAACUACGAACAAAAAAAAAAAAAGAAAAAAAAUCGUUGAAAGUAAACAAAUAAAUUUGCGCAAUAAAACCAAAAAUUUAUUCUAAACCACCGAUCUCGGCAAAAACGAAUCAAAUGUCUCGCCGCAGUAAGAAGUGCUGUUGGGAUGCCAACGAUUGGCUGCCGGCCGAAGUCAUAUACUGGCUGAAUGUGCCCAGUUUUCCGCCGGUCUGGAGUCGUUUAAGCAAAAAGAACUCGGCCAAUGUGCCGCGUUGCAUACCGGCRAGYARGUGCGGGGUCUACGACAUCGAAAUCCCGAAUGAGCUUUKKUCGUUAUGGGGCUAUCUGCAUCCAUGCAACCAAGUYUUCAAUCCUAAACCGUGCGGCAAGCAAAGUUGGGCCUGCAACAUAGUGGCUUGCUGUGCGGCAAAACUUUAUCCGCUGGCGCAUUGGAAGCCACACCUCUUGGACAACAUUGUGAUCAAUGGCGAUCGUUAUUAUUACAAUAGUUUGCGUAAAUUCCRCGGCGAAACCUMUCAAUUCACGCUAAAUGAUCUGUGUGAUACUUGUUGUUUGGAUAACUUACGCUUUAAAGUACACACAGAGAUGGUUUCAUAUGGCGCACUCUACGAGCAAGACAACUCGCCUAUAAAGAAUUUAGCCAAGAGCCUGAUCAAUUUCUUCAGUCAACAUAAGGUGGGUCUCCUGCAUUGUCGGCACCUGCGUGCUCUGGUCAUUGGACGUGAUAAUUGCAACGGUUGUGUUGGUGGUGAUUAYUUCAUGUUCGACUGCCAGAGCAAGGAUUAUCCACUCUUCGGCAAGGGUGACUGUAGGCCCUACUUGCUGCGCUGUAAGACGCUGCAAAUGCUGCUCUAUUGCAUUGUGAUGGCGCUUGAGGUGCGCUGCAAGAAAGUACAGUUUACAUUGCAUAAGGUUGGCAUCCGUUAUGAAGGUCCAAUACUCGAAGAUCAGGAUGAGGACGAAUUAAAGAAGUUGCAGCGAAUCAUCGCAAGAAGAAAGGAGAAACCCGUGAAAGUGGGAAUUGCGAGAAUUCGAAAUAUUUGCAAAAGCAUUCAGKGUCCGAAGAGAUGAACGUCAGAAACCUGUUUCACCGAUUUGAAACCAAAAAUAAUCCGUACAGAUCUGUGACAUAGAUCUACAUAAUUUUAAUGGGCAGUCCAACUGAAUCGAGAUAUCCCAAGGCUUUGAAAAACUCGUUGAAGAGCCUUUAAAAAUACCUGCGAGUUAUCGCACUGGAAUCUUUGUGUGUCAGUUGCAAAAUUUCCACAAAGAAAUGAGUUUGUCUACUGAGCCAUUGAAAGUUCUAAACUAUAAUCCUACAGGUAUUUAAUAUGUCCUGUGCUCUCCAUCAGCUCCGAUUUCGGACCCCAUUCUACUGUAAAGUUUUUAAAGCCGACGAUGGA